AUGGUGAGUACUGGGGAUGCAAAGAAACAAGAGGUAAAGGAAGGUGUUAUAGGAUGCUCAGGGGUUGGAGCAGGUACUCAUGGUGCUAUUGCUAGGAGUUCUCAAACUGAGGAUCCUAAAACAACAGCUAUUGAAAUCGACACUGGUGGUAGCUCUCACAUUUAG